AUGGUUCCAUCGUCGUUUUCUGUCGGUGCUGAAACCAUGGCCUAUCCAUCAUUUGUGAAUGGCCCGAAUUCCUGGAGAAACACCCACACAUCCGACUCUAGUUUAUGGGAGUCUGUUUUGAGGCCAAUCCUUGUUAACGGGAUGUUUGUUUGUGGUUUCCACUGCAGCUUCUUUGGUGACAAUUGCCUAUUUUCUGUCUCUAUCUUCAAUAUCAGUUCUGAUGGCUAUUAUAACUUUCCUCACCAGGUGGUGUGGUCCGCUAAUCGGAACAAUCUAGUUGACGAAGAGGCAGUGUUGAAGCUAACUUCUCAAGGCAAACUUAUCCUGAAAGACGCUAACAGAACUUUGGUUUGGUCCACAAACGCAGCAGGUUCGAGGUUAAACUUGAGUGCGGAGGGAAACCUCAUGCUGCUUAACAAAACCAACCACAUGGUUUGGCAGUCAUUCGACCACCCGACCGACACUUUGGUUCGUGGUCAGACGCUAACGUCAGAGCAGAAAUUGAGGGCCAGCGUAUCGCCAGUCGAUCCAAGUGAAGGUUUAUAUGCAUUUGCUAUCAUUGAUGGUAAUUUUACGGCUUAUAUGGAUUCAGAUCCUUCCCAAAUCUAUUACACAAAUUAUGAACAAAGAAACAAAGUCCUAUUCCAAAUUGGAGGAUUUGGUAGUUUCUCGGGGGCAGAUUCAGCUAGUUUUAUACAACUGGGAAGCGAUGGUCACUUGAAGGCAUAUGAGUGGAAAGAUUCCAUUGGCACGUGGCAGGGGACUGAUCUGCUCAACAUUGAUCGAUGUAGCUAUCCAUUGCCAUGUGGAAAAUAUAGUGUUUGCUCAGAAGGAGGAUGCAGCUGCCUUGACGAUGCAAGCGAAAACGAAACAAACUAUUUUAGGCCAGUAAAUUCUACAAACCCUGAAUUUGGGUGUGAUCCAAUUUCGCCAAUCUCUUGUGAGCUUCCUUUUCAUCACAGUCUUCUCCAGAUCUCGGGCUACUAUUCUCAACCUAUAUAUAGCUUUUUAUCAUCCGAGACAACAACAUUACAAGAUUGUCAGGAGGCCUGUUUGAACAACUGUUCGUGCAAAGCUGCUAUAUAUAAUCAGGGUUCCUACUCUUUUCUUUCUCAUGUAUUCUCCAUCAAGAAAAGUGAUGGUGGUGACGAGUUCUCAGCAUCUUUUAUAAAGGUGCAGAUUUUCCCUCAAAAGAAAAGGCAGGAUUUAGGAGUUAUUUGUGGCCUCAACCCUGGGAGCUAUCAUUGCUGUGUUCCUUAUAUGCGGCUUAUUUUUUCUACGAGCUGA